AUGACGAUGCAGGAAGAAGAGCCGUUGUGUGAGCUUUGGGAUCGGAUCGAAAGCGGCACGACUCAUAGCGAAGACGACCCCAAACGCGUUGUGAGCGCGCACGAAGAAGUCGUCGUAGUCGCAGACGACCAUGUUUCCACCAAGAACACAAUCAGAAUGACGGAGUCACUAAUCUCACACGCCAACAAUCAUUACGGCCAAGAUAUCGACUUCAACAUCGCUCCGCUCCCUGCAUCCAAGCGUGCAGUCGAAGCUAGCUGUGGGUUCCACAUGUCUUUAGAGCGGACUCCGAGGAUGCCAGACGAUAACAAAUUGCAUCAACUCCCAGGCUCGCUAGGGAGCUACGAUCUGUUCAGUGUAGAAGCCUAUGCAGAUCGUCUACCAGAUAACAUUACAGAAUCUGGUGGUGUGCUCUUCCCCAUGUGGCAGCGUGAGGCCAUGUGGCUCAACUUUGGGCCGACAAAUCAGCAGUGUGCUGUCCGCGUCUUCAUGGGCCACGUCAACACCAUUUCUGGUCUCACGAUGGAAGAGACCGCCGACGAAAAGUCCGACGAGCUCGAGCAGGACUACAUAGUCCUACCAGGUCAGGAGUGGCUAGAUGGCAUCUGUGUAGGACCUGGUGUUGUUCGUCAGUUCGUUGCUAUGCCACUCGGCUCCGGCUACACUGUCGAAGGCCAGAAGACAUCGAAAGAGCAGCACGGAGGACUUCAACUCGAGAUCACUCCAGAAUUCUUGCCCGACCUGCGUUUGUGGUCGGACAGCCAACACGACUAUAUCCUCAGGCGGGGCCCUGGUCCUCGUGAUAAUCUUUCGGAAAAGGAGACGCCUGAAGGGCUGGGUUGCAAGGCGGUCAACCCACAGCGCAGUUCGCAGAACACGUCUGAAAUCGAACAGAAAAUACUGCGAGAGGUAUAUCUCAAGAAGUGGGAAGAACAGAUGAGGAUGAUGCAGAACACGUCACCAGUUAACCCAUUACCAAUCAUCUUUAACCAGCCCGGACAACAUGCAGAUUUGCAGGGUAACACCGAUAUACCAGCGCCAACAAUGCAGGCAUCAAUGCAUGGUUACACUUUCAUCGAUGAGUCCAAUCUCGUCAGCAAUGGCAUUGGUGGUUGGAAUAUAGAACGACAUGACUUAGCCGUAGACAUGGACAGGGAGGAUGUCGGACGCGAUGACAGGGAAGACAUCGGGGGCGAGGAUGGUAUAGAUAACCUGGACCUCCAAGUCAUCGAAACCAAAAACAUCAAAGCCAUGGGUCUAGCCGCAGGCGGAAAGCUGAUUCAAGACAUAUACAAAGACCCCUACCCACCCACAAUGUGGAAUCACGCCGCAGCGCGCAUCCUCCACGUUCAUAUCCUCGACCCAGGAAGCUGCGAGAAAGUGACGCAUAUUGUUCCAACACCCCCGUCCAUCGACGUGAAAGCUUACACAGAGGCUGGCGGUCAGUAUUUCGUUGUCGAGGAAAAGGUAGAUGAGCGACUUGACGGAGGUGAUUUCGACAAUGUCAAGAGUGUUAGUCAGAUGGACCAACACAUCGGCAUUAGCACAGAACCAGAAUUCGACCCCACCAAGCCGAAGAUGUGCACGACUUGUGAGCUGCGCUUGUGUGAUUGCAUUAUUCGUCCCUGCGACCACCAAUUCUGCAACAUCUGCAUCAAGCGCAUCGAGCAGAACGGCAACGACGAAGAUGUGGACUCAGCACACAGGAACUGGAAAUGUCCGACUUGCGACAGCGCUGUUUCGCACGUAGCAGGCUUUUCUGCGCCGAUGAAUCUACCUGGAGAAGAGCCUUUGCGCGUGAAAGUGCCAGUCAAUGUACUCAAGAUUGAAGAUGGCAGGAUGAGGUUUACGAGUGUGCAGAGGAGUAGGGUUUAG